AUGGCGGAAAUGCCCAUUGUCCUCGAUGGAGGAACCGGUUUCCUCAAGGUCGGCUAUGCCGCCCAGAACUUCCCAGAGCACCAGUUUCCCUCGAUAGUGGGGCGGCCCAUCUUGCGAACGGAGGAGCAGGGCGGCGACAUUGUCGUCAAGGAUAUCAUGUGUGGUGAUGAAGCCGCUGCUGCACGAUCAAUGCUCCAGAUCAGCUAUCCUAUGGAGAAUGGAAUUGUCAAGAAAUGGGACGACAUGCAACACCUAUGGAACUACACCUUUUACGAGAAGAUGAAGAUCGACCCCACGGAUCGCAAGAUUCUCCUCACGGAGCCCCCGAUGAACCCGCUUAAGAACCGCGAGCAGAUGGCCGAGGUGAUGCUAGAAGGAUACGGGUUUGGUGGUGUCUAUGUGGCGAUCCAGGCGGUGCUGGCACUGUAUGCCCAGGGUCUGAGCAGCGGCGUGGUUGUUGAUUCCGGUGACGGUGUGACACACAUUAUCCCCGUGUACGAGUCGACCGUACUCAACCACCACAUUAAGCGCCUGGACGUAGCCGGUCGCGACGUCACUCGUAACCUGAUUGCCCUCCUCCUGCGCCGCGGCUAUGCGCUGAACCGAACCGCCGACUUCGAGACCGUUCGCCAGAUCAAGGAGAAGCUCGCUUACGUCUCUUACGACCUCGAGUUGGACAAAAAGCUUUCCGAGGAUACCACCGUUCUCGUCGAAUCGUACACCCUGCCCGAUGGCCGUGUGAUCCGUGUCGGCAGCGAGCGCUUCGAGGCCCCCGAAUGUCUGUUCCAGCCUCACUUGGUUGAUGUUGACCAGCCCGGUAUGGCUGAAAUGCUCUUCAACUGUAUCCAGGGUGCCGAUGUCGAUGUUCGCUCCAGUCUAUACAAGGCCAUCGUGCUCAGUGGUGGUAGCAGCAUGUACCCCGGUCUGCCCUCUCGUCUGGAGAAGGAGUUGAAGCAGCUCUGGCUCACUCGGGUACUGGGCGGUGACCCAGAGCGUCUGAACGUACAAAUUCAAGGUCCGCAUCGAAGAUCCCCCCGCCGGAGACACAUGGUGUUCCUGGGUGGUGCCGUGCUCGCCAACUUGAUCGCCGACAAGGACGACAUGUGGGUAAGCAAGCAGGAGUGGCAGGAACAGGGUGCACGCGCCCUGGACAAGCUCGGCCCGCGAUGA